UCUCCAACAGAACCUCCCAAAACCUUCUUCCCUUUUCCAGAACCUUCGCAUUCCCUCGUUCUCCCAUUCCCCACUCCUGCAUUAAACCUCCCCAACAACCUGUCCUACCCAUCCAAAAAUCACACAAAAUACACUCGAGACUUCAAAAUCUGAAACCAUCAUCAGAAAAUCCAGACACCAAAAGCAUGGAUUUCAGGCUAACGGGACUAGACGCCCCAAUCCUCCACGCCCUCCAGCUCCUCGACGCCGCCAACACCACUGCCCCCCAGGCAGACGACAAGUCUGCAGCCAACGUGCCAUCCCGGACCUACGUCCGGGACGCUAGGGCGAUGGCGGCGACGCCCGCCGACGUGAAGGAGUACCCGAACUCGUAUGUGUUCGUAGUGGACAUGCCCGGGCUGAAGUCUGGGGAUAUCAAGGUUCAGGUCGAGGACGGCAACGUGCUGCUGAUAAGCGGGGAGAGGAAGCCGGAGGAGGAGGAGAAGGAUGGGGCGAAGUACGUGCGGAUGGAGAGGAGGGUUGGGAAGUUCAUGAGGAAGUUUGUUUUGCCGGAGAAUGCGAACACGGACGCGGUGUCGGCUGUUUGUCAGGACGGAGUGCUCACCGUCACGGUCCCGAAGUUGCCGCCUCCGGAGCCGAAGAAGCCCAAGACCAUUGAGGUUAAGAUUGGUUGAGACAUGGGAGAAAAAUAUGUUUUACGGUUUAACUAUAGUGUGGGAUGGAGUAGUCUGAUCUUGAAUACUGGCUAUGAAUAAUUAAGGGUCUGUUUUGUGUUUGUUUGAAUAAUAAAGAGUCUGUUUUGUGUU